UUCCUCUCGGCUUUAUCGCCUCCAAAAACCCAUCACCCACUCAUCUCCUUCCUCCGCCACAGUCCCCGCGCCACCAUGGCCACGGCGACCCCGCAGCAAUGCUGGCUCCCGGCCCCGGGGUGCCCACCUACCAUCUCCUCUGUCCUGUGCCUGGGCUCUCUCACCAGAGCAGCCGCCUCCUCCCACUUCCCGGGACGCCGCACGGCAUCAGUAAGAAGGAGAGGAAGAACCGCCUUCGCCUGCUCCCCGAGGUGCACGCUGGAGACGGCUGGCCCGGCCUUUGAUCCUCUAGGGCUCUACAAGGACGACCCUUCCGGGUCUGAUUACCAGUCUCCCCUGUCGACUUUCUUCGGCAUCCUGUUGCCGGUGUUCGGGAGCUCCAGUGGCUCCAGGAACGAGAAGUCGUCCUAUGGCCGAGGAGCAGCAGCCGCAAUGGAGGAUAGUUCUAUUGACAUUGGUGACUUCUUCAAGGGCCCUCUACCUGGGAAAUUUCUGAAGCUCCUUGGUUUUUUGGUUUUGUCUAGAAUUGGUGUGUAUGUACCUUUGGGUGGAGUGAACCGGGAAGCUUUUGCGGGUAAUCUUGACCAGAACAGUCUGCUUGGCACUUUAGAUUCCUUUUCUGGUGGAGGCAUUGGUCGGCUUGGAAUAUGCUCCCUUGGCAUUGUUCCAUUUAUCAAUGCACAGAUUGUGUUUCAGCUUCUUGCACAGCUUUACCCAAAAUUGCAAGAUCUUCAGAAAAAAGAAGGGGAGGCUGGCAGAAAGAAGAUUCUUCAGUAUACAAGAUAUGCAUCUGUUGGUUUUGCAAUUGUCCAGGCUAUUGGGCAAGUUCUUUUUCUCCGUCCUUAUGUUAAUGACUUCAGCACAGAGUGGGUACUAACAUCCGUGACAUUGUUGACACUUGGAUCGGUGUUUACAACUUUCCUUGGUGAAACAAUAUCCGAGUUAAAACUAGGGAAUGGAACAUCUCUUCUUAUAUUUACAAGUAUAAUAUCAUAUUUGCCUGCAUCAUUUGGAAGGACAGUUGCAGAGGGAUUCCAAGCAGGGAAUUAUGUUGGACUUCUCACAAUUAUAUUGUCAUUCUUUUUCUUAGUUCUUGGGAUUGUCUAUGUCCAGGAAGCUGAGAGGAAAAUACCACUGAACUAUGCUUCUCGAUACAGCAGUCGAACUGGAGGACCCCAACGCUCGGCAUAUCUACCUUUUAAGGUCAAUAGUUCCGGUGUCAUGCCCAUCAUAUUUUCUACAUCUUCAUUGGCUUUGCCUGCUACUUUGGCACGAUUCACUGGAUUAGAUUUUCUUAAAAAGGCUGCCAUUGCUCUAACUCCAGGAGGUUCUUUUUAUCUUCCAACUAAUGUAUUGCUUAUAGCCUUUUUCAAUUACUAUUACACCUUUCUUCAACUGGAUCCUGAUGAUCUUAGUGAGCAAUUGAAGCGGCAAGGUGCUUCAAUUCCACUUGUGCGGCCGGGAAAAAGUACAGCUGCAUUCAUUAAAACUGUUCUUAGUCGUAUCUCUGUCCUAGGAUCAGGCUUUCUGGCUGUACUAGCUGCUGGACCAUCUGUAGUUGAACAAAUCUCUCACUUGACAGCAUUUCGAGGAUUUGCUGGUACAUCAGUGCUUAUCCUUGUUGGGUGCGCAACCGACACGGCUCGGAAAGUUCAGGCAGAAAUAAUUUCUCAGAAAUAUAAGAACAUUGAGUUCUAUGAUGUCAAAAGUUCUGACAAAUGAUUGAUCUCACCGAUCAUUCUUUUGAACAUGUACUUAAAUCUUAUCUUGUAUUAAUUGAUUUGUUGUGUGUUUUGGUAGUAUUUCAUAUUUUGUGUUUGUUGUAUAUAUCACUUAGAUCUCUGUUAGGGAUCAGAGUUCAAACAGCAUAUAUCCAUACAUCAACAUGUAUUUUUCCCUAAUAUAUUCGAGCAGUUGAAGCUACAGCUCAUGGACA